CUUGUUGCAGUGCAUCAUACAUAUUGUAGAGCAUUUUGAAGUAAUUUGCUGAUAUACAAUGCUUUUAGAGGUCUUCGUAGUAAACCGUAAAGGUCAUAUUGUAUUCAAAGAAUCAGGAAUUUACAAUAAAGAUGUGAAUACUCAACACUACAGGCAAUUUCACAACAUUAUCUGCAGUAGUACAGAUGCACUUCCCUAUUUCCAGCAUGGAUCCACCCACUUCUACCACGUGCAGAGUGACGGUCUGCGGUGGGGCGCGGCGGCCGGCCGGCGCCUGGCGCCGCUGCAGGUCCUCUGCUGGCUGACGGCGUUCAGAGACGUGGUGGCCGCCAUUUGCGGGGCGGCCUCCGAGUCGGCACUGCGAGCCAACCAUCUGACGCUGCGACAACUGGCCACGGAGAUCGUGGAGGACGGCCAGAUGAUGGCACUGGACGCCGGCCGGCUGCGCUCGCUCCUCCUCAGCCGGCCCUGCGUGGCCGCCCCCGCCCAGCUCAGCUCACCCGCCGCCCCCGCCCCCACCCCCGCCCCGGGCGGCGAGGCGCAGCAGCACGUCUACGUGGAUGUCGUCGAGUCGGUCGACUGUGUGAUGACGUCAGACGGCGAGGUGCAGCAGUGUGAGGUCACCGGUCGGCUCGAGGUUCGCACGGAGGGCACUGCCUGCUCGCGGGUGGACGUCUCCCUGGCAGAGGAUGUCCGACUUUUGGAGCCGGACGCAGCUGCGGAGGCGCACCUGGGUCCUCAGGUGCACGUCUCCCGCCUGCACCCGGCCGGCUCUCGGCAGUCGCGCUGGCUGAGCGGCCCGCCGGGCCGGCUGACCCUCCUCGAGUACCGGAGUGCCGCCGGACUCUCCGGCCCUCCCAUCCCCAUCUCCGUCCGCGCCACGGCGCUCCGCCUGCCCGGCUCGACAGACAUCGAGGUGACGCUGCGUGUGAGACUCCUGGCGGCGGCCGAGCUCCGCGCGCCGUCUGUAGGCGUUCAGUUCCGUCCGCCGGCGGGCACCAGCGCCGUCAGCGCCACCUGUGCCGGGCCCGGCGGCGGAGCGGUGAAGUUUGACCGCCAGGCGGCGCUGGUGACGUGGACCGUACGGGAGAUGGCCGGGCAGCAGGAGGCCAGCGCGGUGCUCAGGCUGGCGGAGGCGGACGUGUCCGGCCCUCUGGACUCUGUCGGACCGUUCCAGCUCAGCUGGGAGAUCUCCGACCUAACCGUCACCGGCCUGCGGGUGUCCGGGGUGCAACUGGCAGGGGUGCCCGACGGCUGCACCCGCCGCUGGGUGCGCCAUGCCGCCGUCUCGGCUACCCACACGGUCCAGCCGGCGGCGCUGGCCGCGGCCGGGAGCGAUAGGUGAUUGGGGGACGGCAGAGGUGAAUACUGGGGGUAUACUCGUACGGGGACCCGCAGUUGCUACUGUACAGCGACCCUGAGUAAAUUGUCCCAGCACCCUCACAGGAAACAACGAUAAACUGUCAGAGGGCACUCACAGGAAACCUCAGCUGCUCUUGUACAUACAGGGACCGGCAGUCGAUAUCAAUGUCAUCGAUUGUUACUGGACAAGACAGACGGCUGGAGUUGGGGUUCGAAAACAGAAGCAACUGCGGGUCCCCGUACCUACGACCUGUACCUGUGUUAUAAAUGAUGUAUAGAUGAGAAGAAGGAAAGUGAACUACAAAUGGAAUGUAUUUACUUCUUGAUCGUUCCCAGUACCUUAUAAAUGCAUGAGCGGGAGUCUGUGUGUUGUAACUUGUAAAUUUGUGGAGGGAGAAUUAUCGUGAAAUUGUUAAAAUUUCUAUCAGCAUUUUACGAGUUUCCCAUUAAACUGUACAACUAUGCUAAGAAGCGCAGUAUUCCCAUCCGGCUUCAGUUUGUAGUUGAAUGCAGUGCUUUAUCGUCUUACUUGCGUUGUGAAAUGUGAAUCGAUGUAUCCGUGGGCUGUUAUGUCGCCUGUGGAAAGUCGGGACGUUAUUUUGCGCCUCUGCCCUUGCUCGU